GCAUUUUAAGAUCUCGAGCACCGGCAACGUCCUAAGCUCUUCCUGGAUCGCGUGCAAAUUAAAUGAUUGAUUUAGCUAAGUUUUGAUCCCGACGAGUCAUGGGCGGCGCCGCGACGUUGGUCGGAGUGAAACGAGUCGGCGAUUCCAUGCCGCGGGAGGAGUGGGACGACACCAUGCCGCUCCCCGGCGACAUCGUCCAGGGCGUCGCCCCAGCCUGCAGCGCCGGAGACGACCAGGAGCAGCGCCUCGCUGCUUACUCCGCUGCCAGGACUAGGUCGGAGCUCAGCAAUUUGUUGAGCCUGCUCAGUCGCCGGUCCAGCUCCGUCUGGGUCAAGGUCCAGCGAGGCGGCGUCGCGCUCGAGCUCCGCGCCCGCGUCACCUCCUACCGCGGCAGCAACCUCUAUCGCCGGUACACCGUCAUGGCUGCCGGCGACGAUCGCCAUGUCGCCGUGCUGGGGGAUAUGACGCCUCAACGAUGCACCGAGCUCCAAGAAAUGAGCAGAAGUGUGGUGAACAUGGACGGAAUCAGCAGCGCCUUCGACAGGAAGAAAAACAUCUGUUACGACUGGAAGAAGAAGAAGGCGAUCUACUUGCCGGAUCGCAACGCCACCCUCGUGAGCUCCAUCCUAUUUAAGCCCUUCCCCACGGACCGUUGCGUGGACGCCGUAACGAGGCGAGCCAUGGCCUGGUUCUCUGCCGCCGUCUCCUCAGGUGCGCCGCUCGUCUUCGUCAACGUUCAAACAGAGUUGUUUUGGAGUAGUUCUACAGUAGCGAGCAGACACAACCAGCAGGCUUCGAAGUCUUCGUUGCUGCCAGUCAAGCAAGUGUUAGCCGUACGCCUCUGGUUUCUUCCGGGAACCCACGAGAUCCCAGUGCUCGUCUCCCCGGAGGAAGGAGAGACCAGGUUCGGACUCGACAUUAAGAGAACAGAGGAGGGCUUCAUCUACAUCAGCUCGGUGUCCAGAGGCUCCGCCGCUGACCGCGCGGGGCUGCUCAGCCUCUGCGAUGAGGCGAGCAAAAGCAGGAAUUUGUUGGUGAUUUCUCGGUUGGAAGGAAGAGGAAUCAUCCCGGCGGAGGCGUCGCCCGAAGGCCUCAUCCGUUGCUGCGACCAGGCGGGCAUCAAGGCGGCGCUUGCCACUGCCAUACGAGAGCUGGAGGAGGUUCGCCUCCAUGUCAUGGCUUGGCCUAACCACAGGCCUUGUUCGGCCAACUGCAAGAUGGAUGCUGGUCAUGGACUGCUGCUGCCACCUGCUGUCACUUCUUCUCCCCAAAAUCUUCACGCAAAAGCUUGAUACCAAUCGAUUGUAAACAUCGGUGACACACAUCUCUCUAGUGAUUUAUGUGACCUACCAAUGAAGCGUUCGAGAAAUCAA